AUGCAAGAGCCAACAGACAGCGACGUUAUAAAAGACCUCCACGCCGACCUGGCUCGGAAGUACAAGAGACACGGCAGCACUCUUGAACGCCUGUGGAGGAGCUUCGAUCAGAAGCAACGAGCAAAAUGCGUCAAGGCUGGAAUGAUGGACGGCGUUCUACUGAAGCACCCUCGGGAUGUUUCUUUGGGAAACGUGUACAAGAUGCUCCCCGACUGGAACUUACGCGACCUUACCGAGAAGCCUGAGCAUCUCUUGAGCAUGCUGGAACACCGCGCCAAAAGCACGCUCGUGGAACAAUACUGGACAGGCCCUAACGGUGGGCAGGGCGACUACGCCAUCAUCGACGAAAGUGUGCGCACCCGAAACCUCCGCCACGUCGAAGCCUUCAAGGACUGUUGGACGUUUUUCCUGGACGACGACCAGAACUACGGCAGGUCUUUCAAAAUUCUCUCGGAUCACAAAGAAGUUCGUCGUGAUUUUGCCGCGGCCAUGCAGGCAAAGCUUUGUAUCCCCCAAGCCACGGGGGAAUUCGUCCUGAUCCGGCAAGUCAACAUCUUGCAGUACCUGAACAUCCUCGUCGAAGACAUCCUGGAGGAGGGCUCCAAGGAGCGGAGGCAGAAGCAGCUUCCGAAGAACCCCGACGAGUCGGCAUCGGCCGCGCUCUCCAAACUCAGCAUUCGGGACUCACCCGUCAAGCUUUCCCUGCCUGAUCUGGUCGCCGGCGCUCGCGACCAAGCGGCAUCAUGCAUGGAGCACCUCGAUCUGUACUCGGAGCCGACGGUCCUUGCCCACACUGUCAAUUUAUGGUUCUUUAGCCGGCCGGAGCUUCUUCCCGACGAAAAGGGACGCCGGAUGGGUGUCCACACUGACAAGUAUAUCAGUGCCGUCGUUUUCGAUGUACUCCACAACGCCGUCACAGAAGCCGCCAUUUGGGACUACAUCCACCAGCUUUUGGCCCGCCUCGAAGCCCUGAAUAACGACAAAGCGCACCGGACCAUUCUCUUGCAGGAGAUAUCGAACGUCUGUCAGCUUGCGUACGUCUCUGCCCAGGGCCUGUUCAAACGCAACAUUCAGGUCAAGACGGGGGCAAAGUGGUACAAGCGUGUGUCCAACGCCUACGACAGCGCCGGCAACGCGCGUGUGACGCUCAAAGGCAACCCCGGCGACUUGACGAGAAGCGACCCGCAGCUCCAUUAUGUCCUCCGUCUUUGCCACCCGGACACUACUGCUUCCAAGGCCAUCGAAUGGCUGAAGAAGCUGACGGAUCUCCAACAAUCUCACCCGUCAGAGCGAGAGAGGUUGGAUGAGAGCGAAUUCGAGUCUCUAUGUAAACUGGCUGCAACGGUCGCGUUCAUCCAGGAUUUAUCCGGGACAGUGACGCUGCCUGCCCCGUCCCGCAAGAAGGGAAUGUUGUUUGUUUCCAGAUCUCAAGAACUGGGGGCAGAAUUGAGCAACGUCAAGACCGACCUCGAUCUCCGCGACUUUGCGGCCCCGAUCGACACUCUUCUGGAGCCGGGAAUGACAGAGGGCGCCUUGAAGGCCCUCGACCAGUUCGUCGUCAACAAGGCUGGCGCGAAACUCGGCUUCUUGUACCAAGAUCUCGUCGACGAAUGCUUCUCUGAUCUUCAGAACCAGUAUGAUCAGUACAAGGCCAAGAUCGAGGCGGGUCAGAAGGAGUGGACGCCGCUCCCGGUCCCAGUCCCCGAGCCACGCGAAACCUUGAUCCAACAACGCAAACAAAAGGAAAAAACCCGGCCGUCUCACUCUUCCACAUACGACAUCAGCCCUCAAGCCGAGCCUGCGUUGGAGAACGCCGUCAUACCUCAGACGUUCAAGGUCAGCGCUGGGACCGCCGAGGUCUUUGGAGCCUUCUUCGGCAAGUCGGAGUCUCGGGGGGCGGUGAGCUGGGCGGCCUUCCAGGGCGCCAUGGCAGAAAUCGGGUUUUCCGUCCUGCCCAAGUACGGCUCCGUCUUCACUUUCCUGCCUCCCGAAACGAUGUCCGUGAAGAGAUCGUUUACCGUCCACCGACCCCACAAGUCUGAUAUCGAGGGUUACGUGAGGCUUAUCUAUGCGAGGAGGCUCACUAGGGCGUAUGGAUGGGAUGAAAAGACAUUCGCGGUCGUCUGA